UUUCUGCCUGUUACUGAACUACUGGAGCACGUGUUUUUCAGUAAUGACGUUGGGAAAGCAGAAUUGGGAACUCCCUGAAACGUUUGUUCAGCUACGAAUGUAUUACACCUGAAUAAUGUGUGCUCACGUUGAUAAAAGGAUAGGAUAUAACAUCACGGAUUGACAGUGUAAGGUUGUUGCUGUUGGUGAAUUAUGAACAACAUUGAAAAUGACGACCAUUUACAUGGGGCAGCUUUUCCUCAUGUCUCUCUAUUUUACAGUGCUUCACACAAUACCUGCUCCUGUCAACUUCACAAUAUUGUCUCACAACUUCAAGCACAUUUUACAGUGGAGCCCUGGAAUAAAUUCUCCUCCACAGACAGUUUUCAAUUUAAAUCGAAGUUGUGGUUACAGAAAAUCUGAACAACGCCUGCGACUGAACAUAAGAAAUACAACAGUAGAUGUCUCUGAAACAUUUAAAGACAUCUAUACAUCCUGCACGUUCUUUCUUUGGGCAUCGAUUGACAACAUGACAUCAUCAAUCGUUAAUAAAAGUAUUACACCAUAUGAAGACACAAUCAUAGGUCCACCCAUUAUAUUUCUGUCUGGCUGUGGAGACUGUCUGAAUAUCAGCAUUUCUUUACCCAGUGAAUCAAGGAAAGAGCUGCGUCAGUUUUAUACUCACGUAUUCUUCGAUAUAAGUUGGAAGAAAGCUGGACAGAAAGAGGCCAACCAGAUCUCUACAUCAGGAAAACAGUAUGUCCUGCAGAAUCUUCAGCCUGGUGAUCAGUACUGUGUUAAAGUACGUCCUCAAAUCAAUUCCAACCACAACACUCAACCUUCUGCUUGGCAGUGUGAAUACACUAGUAAAGAGGAGCCAAAAGGAAUGUUCUAUAUAAUGAGUUGGUCACUGGGAGCAGCAGUGUCAGGUUUAGGUGUGCUGGUGCUUGCUUUGAGUCUAGUGUACACUGGAUCUGUAUGUAAGCUGAAGACCCCUCUUCCUAAAUCACUGGUAAGCCCUUUCUACAUUCAAAUACAGCAAUUGCCCUAUUUCAGCAGAAAAUUGUCAUACAUUGCAGGAUUAUUCUUACAUUUUCUUACUUUUAAGAAAUUAGUUUUAUGUUACUUUAUUAUAUAAGUUAAUAAAAACUUA